AUGUCGCAGCCGUCGACCAAAAGAAAUCACCGCCCGAGACCGUGCGACGCGUGCGCCAUCCGCCGUGUGAGAUGUGAUAUCGAUUCUUGCCCCAGGGAGAUUUGCUCGAACUGUCUCACUCACAACGUACCUUGCACUAACCUCCGCGUGAGGCACAAAUCUGGUCCAAAGAAAUACACUAGAUCAAAUAAGAGUACAGAGGAUCCAAAUUACGGCACUUUUAUCCAGUCUAGACUACCUGCUCAUGUGUGCGCAUUUUCAUUGAAGCAAAUCAUUCCCUAUCUCGAAAUAUAUUAUUCGAAUUUCUAUGACAUCUGGCCGGUGGUAUCAAUUCAAAGUACAGUUUCUAUGUUGACGCGAGCAAGUCCCUUAGAGAAUGUGGAGCAGGUGUUUCAACUGGCAAAUGUUUUGGAUGACUUUCGUAUUACCAUCGCCGAGGACAACGCUCAAGAGUAUGCUCUCUGUUGCGCAUUGUGCGCAACGAUAGCACAGUAUCACAGUUUUGUUACAUACACUCCAGCCAAAAGUGAUCGCAAAAGUGCUGGCUUAUACGCUCAAGAGGCAAGAAGAAUAGUAUAUGAGUACAGAUUGAAAAGCAGGCCAAAUAUUGAUCUCCUUCUCACAUCCUUUUUCCUACAUAAGUUUUAUGCUAUUGCGCCUGGCCAACAGCACAAAGGUCUUAUCUACCUCCGUGAAGCCGUAUCUCUUGCGGACGUUUUGAGAAUGCAUGAACCCCAGUCACUGCUUCAUCUUUCACCCUUUGAGGCUCAUAGACAGAAAAAAAUCUACUACCUGCUCGUCGUCACGGAAAGAUAUGUCAGCUUCAAAACUAAUUUGCCCGUUCUUCUCGAGCCUUCAAUUCCACUCCCUGAGGCAGAUUUCGAAAGAUCCUCAAACUCACUUUACGGGUUCACCACUCUCUGUGGGAUUUUCAGCGCAACAGAUAAGCAAUUCUACGUCGAACUUCAUACCAAGGUGCUUGAGACAGGGCGCACUCACAACAUGUUCCAAAUUCCGGUAACCAACUUAUUUCAGGAGUUCACCUUAAACGGGUCCACGGAACAGAAAAGACUAUGGCUUCUUGAGCUACAACAGAAGCUCCAGAUUAGAAUUGAUAUGGAUCGAAUUGCAACAAGUGCCCAGAAAGUGAAUGUUACCGUUUCAAAAGCUUGGCUCCAGUCUCUGGGCUGGUUGAUAGCGUCUGCAAAUUUUUUAGUUAGCUUUGAUGAGAACCUUCCAGUUGAACACGAAUGUUUCAGUGUCCGCUUUCCUUUGAAAGUCGCAAAUGAGCUACUCGCCAGUCUGCAGAAUCUCCCUGAUCAUGCCUUCAGGUGCAACGGACCCGAUAUAUCAAUGAAACUACUGGAGAUAGCAGACUCUCUUUACAUUCUAAUUAAAAGCUAUGUUGACCCGGAAACCUCAGAGCUAGCCUACGAACGGAUGGCUACUGUAUUUGAUAUGGUGCUGAAGUACAAAGCUGGAUUAGAUUUGCCUCGAGCCCUUUUCACGAAAAUAUCUAAGUUUCUUGAAUAUUGGAAAAUGAAUGGCUUACAAGAAGCAGGUCACAAUGUUCCUUCUGAAUUUUCCAGUUGUGAACCUUCAUUGACAAGCUCAGGGUCACUCGUACGAUGCAAUACAAGACAAGACAGUGCCAUUUUCAACAAUUCUUUCUCCGGAUCAAGAGCCAGUCUGCAGCCUAGGCAGACAUACGGUAUCCGACUGGAUGUUUCUUCCUCGUUAUUUGCAUCUUUGGAAAGAGUAUCAUCUGGUCAAUUCAAUCCCCUGACGGCGCAUAAUGAACUCGCGCCACCAAAGGGCGUGACUUCGUUUUUCCUCGGACAGCCAGAGCCUGAUGUUUCCCCAUACUACACACCUGGAGCGCCUUAG